CAGUUGACUUCACUGAAUGUGAAUGUGAUUCCAGUUGUCAGUUGGUUAUAAGCUUUGUAGAGAGGAGGUUAAGAAGUGUUUUUCGUUAAUUUUACAUGAAUUUUUGUGUAUUUACUAUGUUCUGUUAACGUUUAUUUAUUAUUUUAUUUAGUUGGUUGUGUGUCAUGCCUCAACAAAUGGACAUUUCCUCACAGCAUUGUUUAGCCCGAGCACUCUACGAUAAUGUCCCCGAUACCCCAGACGAGCUCCAAUUUCGGAAAGGUGACACUUUAGUUGUACUGGAACAAAACACAGCGAACAUCGAAGGAUGGUGGCUUUGUUCCCUACGAGGAAAACAGGGAAUAUGUCCUGCGAACAGACUUCGAUUAAUUCCUGGUGUAUUUGAAGACACUGGACAACUUAUCAGAGGUAUUUCUCCGAACCAAUUUUCCGACCAAGGUGAUUUUAUCUCUUUGCAACGACAGGGAAAGAGAAGAAGUUGGCACGUCCUUCCUAACCAGGUCGUAACUCCCAAAAAAUUCAACGAUGUAUUUUUAUACGACAUGCCUCCAUCGAGAUGUUCUCCGAUUUCAGUUUCUUCAGGAGUUAGCCCGGGUACGAUAACUCGGGACCAGAACGACUGCUACGAUGUACCUCCCCGACCAGUACCAGUAGGUAAUGAAAGUUUUAGGAAUUGCCCCCGAUGCUCCCCAGCCCCAUCAUGUGCCUCACCGAUCAAUAGAGAUUCAGGUGACACAUAUGACAUUCCCAGACAACAUUUAGGCAUUCAGAACCAAUUAACACCCUCUAGUUCGGCUAGUUCUCUAACAGCGGAUUCACUUAGUUCGUCAAACCGUAGCAGUUUAGCCAAUAUGCCCGACUACGACGUCCCCAAACCUUACAACAGAGGCCCCCAAUUAGUUCUCCAAUCCACUUCAAAUUACGACGUACCCACACACGUUACAAAAGAGUUGCCUUUGGAGCUAAAUUCAGCCCUUGAAAACUUGGAGAGAUUACAGACUGACACCACCAGUGCAAUAUCAAAGUUAUUAGGAUUUGUCGGGCCUCAAUGGAGGACGAAAGACAAGCUAGAAACAAAUUUAAUGGAAAUUAAACUAUCAGCGACACGAUUGCGCACGUCUCUCCAAGAUCUGGCUGAGUUUGGAGAAGGGACGCUGGGGAACGCAGCUAGAGCUUCCGAUAAAAAUUUGGCUGGCAAAUUAUCCCCCUUAGUUUUAGCAAUCAGGAAAGCAAACACCCUGGUACAAGAAGUUUCAGAAAAACUUAAUAAACACAACUGGUCUUUAGACAUUCUUUCAAGGCCGCUUGAUGAAGAAUGCGUGAAGAAACCUGACGAAUUAGAACAACUAGUUGCUUGCUCGCGAGCGUUAACGGAAGAUAUUCGACAGAUAGCAUCGUUCAUUCAAGGCAAUGGUACGUUAUUGUUCAAAAAAGAGUCUUCGAACGAAUGGAACGAAGAAUAUGACUAUGUAAGCUUAGAUUCAAAAGAAAACAUUAACAAGAACCACGCAGAUAUAAUGAAAACUUUACCAAAGAACUUACAGAAAGACUACGACAACUGUGUUAAACAUGCUGAUGAUGUAGCUUUCGACGUUGACCAUAAGACAGCAGGAUUAGAUCCUGACGACAAACAGCUCUUGGCGUUUUACGCAACGCAGGUGGUUACACAUCACACGAAUUUGACACAUGCUAUAGACGCAUUCUUGCAGACAGUGGAACACAACCAACCACCAAAAAUAUUUUUGGCUCACGGCAAGUUUGUGGUUCUCAGUGCUCACAAAUUGGUCCUAAUAGGUGAUACAGUGCAUCGGAAUAUCACGUGCAGAGAUAUAAAGGAUAGAUCUUUGAGUUAUGCCAAUGCUCUUUCAGAUGCUUUAGCGACCAGUGUAAAUAAGACUAAGCAAGCUGCGAUGCAAUUCCCUUCUGUCAAUGCUGUUCAGGAAAUGGUCGACUCUGUUGUAGAUAUUUCUCAUUCAGCUAAGGAUUUAAAGGUAUGCUUGGUACAAGCUGCAGUUUCCUUUUAAACCAUACCCUUACAUAUUUAUUUUUUAAAAGGUAUGUUAUAUUGAGUAUGUGAUUAGAGCAGAUACUAUUGCAAAUUUUAAUGCAAAUUUGACGCACAAAACAAGAUUUUUCUGAUGGAUAAUCUGUGCAAAGUGACAUAUAUUAUGACAUGUUGAUGUUCAGCUAAACCCCUAUUCUAGCAGGAGCCAGGGUUUGGGUAUUAUGCACUAUUAUGUCCCCUCGGUACUUUGACGUUUUUUUUAUUGUUUUUUGGUGCGUAAAUUUUAAUUUUCGAGGGCACCAAACUAAAAAUGCGUCAGAUAAUUUUUUGUUAACUAUUUAAUUGUUUAAAUGAUUAUAUCUUUUAAAUUAUUAGAGAUGUUUAAUUUUACCGAAAUGAAAAUUGUUCCUUUUGGAAAAAUGAACAAAAUGGCGUUUGGUAAAUUUUGAUCUGAUUGUUAGAACCGAAGUUAUAACAAAUUUCGUGAAAAACGAAAAGAAAACAAACGCACAAAAAACAACCCAUGUUACGCCCAAAAAAAAACAAAAAAAACUCAAGGUAUCGAGGGGUCAGAAAAAUGCCCUACUCACCCACUCUAGCUCCUGCACUAUAAGGUGAAAAAACUAAGAAACUUUUUUAGGAUCGAGCUGGAGUUGUAUAGCUUAUAAAAUACUAUUCUGUUUUACAAAACUGUAUUAUUUCAAUAUAACAUACCUUGUUAACGAUAAAAAUUAUAAUUUUGACCAUUUUUAAAACUAUAUUUAUAUAGAAGAGGAAAAUCAAAUUGCUAAUUAAAUUCAGUGAAUAUAAAAUUCGUAUUAAUACGAAAAAUGUGGUUUUUAAUACUAUCAUAUUGUAAUUAAGCCAUUUUGCGACAGCUUUGUGAAAAAGUGUGAUAAAAUAAAAAUUCCUAGACUGAAGUUGGCAUCUAUUACAGAAAUAGCUACUUCAAUAUGUAGAAUUUGUUUUUUUAAAUUCUAAUAUUAAACAUUAUUCUAUCGUUUUUCUGUUAACUCUAUAGGUACUUAAAUUCCAUGCAAUAUUUGUAAUUUAUUCUUAAUUGUAUAUACAUCUCUACAUUCAGUGUUAUAUUAUUUUUAUUUACAAAUUUUAAAAUAAAUAUUUUUAAUUUUU